GACUAUAAACAGAGUCAUUCCACUGAGACGAAAACUGAAGUGGUUCCUGAUUCGAAUAUUGGAGCCGACGACCAUUUCGCAGAAGUCGAGAAGUAUGUGGAAGAGUCGGCCGGAAAAGAUCUUCCAUCAUCUGAAACAAAUCCUCAAAGCUCUUCUAUUUUGAAUUGGCUCACGUCCUCGUCAUCGAUAUUUUCGAACCUCUCGCUAGCAAAUGUAAUGGGUGCGAAAACUGCUGAAAAACUUGAAGCGAAAUCUGCUGAGAAAGUACCGGAUCCCAUAGCUCCGCCUUCUGCUGUAAAUACGAGAAAGGUUGUGCUACCUCAAGCUCUACCUCCUAAAGCGCUAGAGAAAACGCCAGUUUUCGACGAUACUGCUCCUCCCGGCUUCAACAUAGAGCCAUCAAUAGCCGGUAACCUUUUGAGCGGUCCUCCACCUGGAUUCGAAGGCACACAUCCAGAUGACGCACCUCCUGGUUUAUCCUUACCGACUACUUCGCGGCCACUAUUUUCUAUGGCGCCUUUCAUCUCUCACGCCGACAUUAACACGAACAAAAAUGGCACAUUUGAGGAAAGCCGCACUGAGGAUUGCGAGUGGAUGAAAGUUGGCGGUAAAUAA